AUGUUAGCCUCUCGCUGGAUCAGCUUCUGCCUCGCCUCAGCGCAGCUCCCGGAAGAAGGGCUCGGGGGGGGCUCGGAGGACGUGCUGCAGGCCCUGGAGGCGGAGGACAUCCCCGAGAGCUUUCGGAAGAACGUCAGGGAGGAAGGAGACACUCGGAAGGUUCAGGGCAUGUGCUUGGGCGUCACCAGCCACUGGACCAAGGGUGCGACCGUGUCGGCGGCGACGCGGCUGAGGCCUGCCCUCACAGCGCUGCUGUGCCGCUUUGCGCGGCAGGAGCUGGCGGGCUUCGAGUUCACCUCGAUCCAGGUGAACAAGGACUACAAGGCGGCGAUGCAUGUGGACAAGAACAACCUGGGGCCUUCCUUCAUUUUGGGCUUAGGCGACUACUCGGGAGGUUGGCUGUGGAUUGACGAUGGCAGCAACCUUGGCCAUGCCAAGAACAUCAGGAGGAGGUGGUUCAAGUUUGACGGCACGAAGCCUCACUGCGUGACUCCCUUCUGUGGCCGACGCUACACCCUGGUGUUCUUUACGUACUCCAACCCCCAGAUGGUGACCUCACUUUCCGAGAAGGAGGAGUCUCGGCUGUGCCAGCUGGGCUUUCCGCUGCCGGCAGAGGCCGCGCGGUGCAAGAAUUUGAUCCGCGAGUCGCCUACGCGGGUGUGCCGCUGUCUUCCAAGCUCCAGGCCGCACGGCCAGUUCCCCGCAGCUUUGCGGGUGCAGAAAGCCCUCCACACCUACAAGCGCUUUGAAUUGGAGGUGGCGCGCAGGGGCGGGUUGGGAAGGCGCCCACAGCGUGUGCAGGUCGGGCUUCGACAGCUGGAGGUCAUGGUGGAGCCUUCUAUGCCUGUGUACAUGCUGUCCACAGCGUUGAGCCAAAGCGAUGAGGAGACGCUUGGCAAGAAGCGGAAGCGACCGGGUGAGACGGCGCCACUCUUUGCUGGCUCACUGAAGCUGCUGGGCACGGAUCGCCUCAAGCGCCUGGGCCUCCGCGGCCUUUUGAAGGCCGCCUGA